GUUUUUUCAAGAUAUUAUAACAUGUCUUGCAAUCUGCUUUCUCUUAUUUGAAGAUCUUUUUCUUCUCUUUCUUCAAUCUGUGAUGAUGCUCAUUCCCAUAUCACUUGCCCCUGCGCUCCAGCUAAGCUAUUUGUAUCCCUGACAAAAAUGAACCAUAGCUACGUUCCCCAGGAUAUGGCAACGCUCGUAGCAACGCUAGGCGGACCUGACGAAUACACCAAGCGUCUCGAGUACCUGCACGAGUCCAGUCUGCUGUACGUGGGAGACGAACAAGCCUUCCUCCCCGUGUACCAGUACCACUACUCGGGCUGUCCCGCGCUCUCCGCAAAGCGGGCGCACUUCUAUAUCCCCUCCCAAUUCAACAACUCCCUCAAUGGCAUCCCCGGCAACUACCACAGCGGGGCGAUGGGCUCGUUCCUCGCGCUCGCGAUGAUCGGUCUAUACCCCGUCGCCGGCCAGGAUGUAUACCUCAUCACCCCGCCGUUCUUUGCGGAGAAGAUUCGCAAUCCCCUCACGGGGAAAGUAGCGAUUAUCUGGAACAUAAAUUUUGAUCCUUCAUAUGAGGCGAAUUAUAUCCAAGAGGCAAGGCGCGAUGGGGAGGUUUGGCACAAGAACUGGACUGGACAUGAUUUAUUUGAGAAAGGGGGUGUUUUGGAGCUGAUUCUUGGGGGUGAGGAGAGUAAAUGGGGAACAAGGAAGAAGGAUUUGCCGCCUAGUUUGUCGACUGGGGGGUUUAAGAGGUGGUAGGAGGAAUGUUGAGGAGGGGGUAUUUGUUAAUAGGUCAGCUCUACAUUUUACUCAUUGAAGUAAAUGGCUCAGGGGGAAGAAGGGGACAGUAUUGGUGGAAGUUUGCUCCCAUGGGAAGUGUCUUUUUCUUUCUCUUUUUGGGCUCUUUUUUGGUUGGCUACAACGAGUGUUGACUAGAUGGAUUUACAUCAAAUCAAAUGAGGAUAAACUAAACUUCUUGAUAUA